CACAAAGACUCUUAUAGUUCCAAAAUUACCUCCUCCAUCAAUCCCACACCAAUAAAAAAUGGUAGACACGGUGGAGCAACCACUUAAUGGCUCCGUACACGACGGAGGAGAAACCCUCCUCAAGAUCCGUAUUGAAAGGAUGCACAAGAAGCUGAAUCAGCCACCACGGUUGCUAAGCUCGACCGCCGGAAAAUCAACUUGCUCCAUCUUCCGAGUACCUCAAAGCAUGAUUGAGUCCAACGGUAGAUUCUAUGAGCCGCGAGUGGUCUCGGUGGGACCAUACCACCGAGGCCGUACGCAGCUCAAAAUGAUGGAAGAACACAAAUGGCGUUACCUAAAUGCUCUUGUCACACGAACCCACCAAACAAAAUCUUUAACUCUAGAGGAUUACAUGAAAGCCGUGAAGAGUGUUGAGGAAGUUGCGAGAGAGUGUUACUCCGAGUCAAUCCACAUGGACUCUGAUGAGUUCAACGAAAUGAUGGUUCUUGACGGUUGUUUCAUUCUCGAGCUGUUUCGUAAAGUCAGCCACGUUGUUCCUUUUCAACUGGAUGAUCCACUCGUGACCAUGGCUUGGGUUCUUCCUUUCUUCUGCAGAGAUUUUCUCCGUCUUGAGAAUCAAAUCCCUUUCUUCGUUCUUGAAGCUUUGUUUGACCUCACAAGAGGAGAUAACGAAAGAGAGAGCAACGUUUCUUUACAGUCUCUAGCGUUUGCGUUCUUCAACAACACUAUAUAUAGACCAAACCAAGAUCUCUCCAGGUCCGAUGACCUAAAAGCCAAACACAUCCUUGACCUUGUCCGGUCAAGCUUCAUCCCGGACACUGAGCUUUACGCUCAUUCGCAGGUACCUAAUCAAAGGAAGAAGAAGAUACCGUCCAACAUCAUCCACAGCAUCUCAAAGCUCCGGCAAGCCGGGAUCAAGAUUCGGGAGCUCAAAGACGUAAAGAGCUUCCUCGUUGUGAGGUUCAGACAUGGAGCGAUAGAGAUGCCGAGCAUCACAGUGGACGAUCUCAUGGGCAGUUUCUUUCCCAACUGCGUGGCGUACGAGCAGUGCCACGUGGGGUGUUCAAAGCAUUUCACUACAUACGCGACACUACUAGACUGUCUGAUGAACACUAACAAAGACGUUGAGUAUCUAUGUGAACAAAAAAUCAUAGAGAACUACUUCGGCACAGAAUCAGCCGUCGCUGGAUUCGUGAACAGUCUAGGCAGAGACGUUGCGUUCGACAUAGAAAGCUGUUAUCUCAAAGAGUUGUUUAUAGAAGUGAAUGAGUACUACAAUAGUAGUUGGCACGUUACAUGGGCUAGUUUCAAACACACUUAUUUUAGUUCUCCUUGGUCUUUUAUUUCUGCUCUUGCUGCUCUUAUUCUUUUGAUUUUGUCUAUUAUUCAGACGCUCUUCACUGUUUAUCCAAGAUUACAAAUCAACUAAUCUGUUUGGGUAUAUGGUUGAGUGGUCUAUAAUACACUACAUGAUUUUUUUUUUCUUUUUGGUAAAACUAUAUGAAAAUGUUGGUAGUGUUAUAUUGGUGAAAUUAGUGUAUUAUCAAGUAUGAUAGUUUGUUAAUUUGUUGGAGUUUCGUUCUGUCCAAACAUGCAUCAAUAGUGUUAAGAGUUAUGCAGUAUAAUAUUUUACUUGAACAUCGAAUUAGUUUAUUAUUUUC